UCAAAGCUCAUUAUGACAAGCACUUGAUUCUCAUUAACAUCUAUCUCGACGCGCAGGUAAAACCAUGAUGGGGAUGGUGACUCAAAGUCAGGCAUCUCAGCUCCUUCACAACAAGUUCGUAGUGGUUUUAGGAGAUUCAAUCCAGCGCUCCGUGUACAAGGAUUUAGUUUUACUUUUGCAAAAAGACGCUUAUUUGACGACUUCUCAGUUAAAAAGCAAGGGCGAGCUUUCAUUUGAGAAUGAUUGUCUAGUGGAAGGAGGGAGACUGGGGACGAUGAACAACGGAACUUCAUACAGGGAAGUGCGGCAGUACCGAACAGACCACCAUUUGGUCCGGUUUUAUUUUGUCACGCGAGUGUUCUCGCCCUACAUGAAGAGUAUCCUGGCAGACUUCGACCAUGGCCUAAAACCAGACCUGGUCAUAGUUAAUUCUUGUGUGUGGGAUGUGUCCAGGUACAGCCGAGAAUGGGCCUUGGAAUACAGAGAUAAUCUUCGAAAGUUCUUUGUGCAGCUAAAGAAUACUUUGCCGGAGGACAGCAUGGUUGUGUGGAACAUGACCAUGCCUCUGGGCAAGAAAAUAGUAGGAGGUUUUCUGGUUCCCGAGAUCCAGCACGUCGGUCCACUAUUAAGAUUUGAUGUGAUUGAGGCUAAUUUAUACGGAGCCAGUCUUGCAAACGAAUUUGGAUUUGAUGUGCUGGACAUGCACUUCCAGUUUCGCUUCAGCCUCCAUCUACGUACGAACGACGGUGUGCACUGGAAUGCAGUUGCACACCGCAAGAUGACAUGUCUGAUGCUUGAACAUGCCGCACAGGCAUGGGCAGUGCAACUGUCAAACCCUGAUGAUGGUAAAACAGUUUAUCGCCCACCAUUGCUUCAGGGCCCUUUUCCACAAACUUUAAAUAGUUCUGGUCCAGGGUUGAAAACCGAGCAACCAAGGCAACAUAAUGGCUUUGGAACACAAUUCUAUGUGGACAAUAUACCUCGACCCUUCACAGCAGGUUUUCACAGCUUUGAAACGGGCACCUUCCGCAGAGGUGGUGACAAUUCAGCCUCCAGCUGGCCUGUGAACAACUUUGUCAUGAAACAGAAACACAGAAGACCAUAUAAUCCAUAUGCACGAGAGAAACCACGUUACCUCUACAAGAAUUAAACCCAUCGCAACAGAGUUCUUAAAACUAUUGUUCUGGCCCUUUAAAGUUAAAGGUAUUCUGCAUGCCUGAUUUUUCGAAAGAACCGAAACCUUUUUGAGAAUAUAGGCCAUAUUGGUUGUUCUGCUAGAUUCUCUUGUUAUAUAAGACGUGUAUUCAUUAAAGCAAGCAAGGAAAUGUUGAUGCAGGCUUUUAAUCAUGUUUGAAAUAUCUUUCCUAUACAUACUGUACUCAUUUACUCUGGAUAAGUGAAAGAUUCUUGUUGACUGCUGCCAGAGAGUGGUUUGUGUAUUAGUGGCUUGCUACAAAAAAUACUCGUUUUUCAAUAAACAUUUAUUAAAACA